UCUGUCCUGGUUGUCCGUUUAAAAAUGCAUCGUCGUUGUAUAAUCUGUGGCCAGGAGCCGGGCGACCACUGCGUCUAUCCGCGCAACAUGACCGAGGCACGCCGUUGGCAGAACCUGGCCAACCUCAGCAGCUUCGACGUGGACACGGAAUCGCUGUGUCGCCACGGAUGCGUUUGCUCCGCCCACCUGGACGCAGACCACCGGGGAUCCAGCUCGGAAUCGGAGGGCUCAUCUGGUGCUGCUGAGGGGACAAGGACUCCGGCCGUCCUUCAGGAAUCCAGCGUCAAGUGGAGCUCUUCGGGAUCGGGAUCUGUGCCAGGCUACCCCACCAACAGCAGGGUUGUCCAGGAGAUGCAGGAUCAAAGCAAACAGAGUCUUAGUUCGGAAAGGCGGGAAGGGAGCAGUGCGAUCCGAUGCAAUAAUGGUUUCUGUCGCUUUCGAAAUGCCUGCAACAGUAUGUUUCAGGGCAAUCCCUAUAACUACCAAACCCAAAUGGGUCAGAAUUUCGCCAAUCCACAGGCAUCUUCUAAAUUAAAUAGAAGGGAAAAUCAAUCAAUGAUGAGAAACACAAGCACCAGAGCUUCUCCCGAAGGUUGCACUUGGUCAAACUGUCCAGCGCAAACGGAAAACCACACCAGAAUUUCUGCAGGAGAUCCCUACAAAGCUACGAGAAACACGAGCACUAGAGCUUCUCCCAAUGUUUGCACAUUGGCAAACUGUCCAGCACUAAGGGAAAACCAGUAUAAAGCUCAUCCAAGAGAUUCCGGAAGCCAGGAAAGUACUAAGAAAACACAAAGGAAGGAGAGAGAAAGACCAAAGUCCUGUGAACGCCCAUCUUGUUCCGUUGUAAGGAAACAAAGAUCGGAGGAUUGGAAGCCCCAAGGAGAUGAUUUUCGCAGCUUAAGCAGUACGCAGACCUGGCGAAGUUACGGCGCCUCCAAGAUACCAAUGAACCAGAUAAACAGGAUUAAAAAGCCGGAGCUGAAGAACCAAUGCUGCCAGGUUUGCUUUAACAGCCAUUUAAAGGAUAGGGAGGUGCAAUGCUCAAAGGUGGCUCUGCAGACGCAAAGUUCCAAGCCUUUUGGUUCCUUCAGUUACCAAACAGGGAGUUCAUUCACAGGAUUCUCGGCAGGAUAUACCACUAAUUCAAGUAACUUCACCUACGGCGGUGAGCGAAAAAAUACAAAUGCCAUCAAUGUGCUGCUUAUGAACGGCACCAGAAAUAAUGACUACGAUAAUUCCUGCUGCUGUCCAACCAAUCUUCGUCCCUCGGCGCCGCCUCCAGAGAUUUGCGUUCAGGAAUCGGAUCUCACGGAGAGCAACGAACGAGCCGUUUUUCCGGAAAUCGACAAGCCAAACUAUAGAGUUUGUCGGUCUGCCAACGAGACCAAUGUUUUGGUGCUCGAAGAAGGUCCAAUGGAUGGGUGUACCCAAAAAGCUAAGGGGGAAUCGGAUGAGGCAGCUGGCGAGGCACACAAUCAGGCUGAUGAAUCUAACCAAAAUGGCAUUAAAGAACAGCAGAAUGACUUUGUGAACAACUGGCUUGAUUGCCCGGCCGCGGACAACUUCACCAAGGUCCUGGAGUUGCAGAGAGCUCGCAUCAAGGAGCUGGAGAAUCUGCUGCAGCAGCACAACCUGUUGCAGCAGACCAUCCAGCACAAGGUGGCGGAGCUGCAGUGCACAGAUAAUAUUAAAAGUUGA